AUGUCUUUGGAUGCAGAUCUGCCGACUAUUAUUACCUCAUUAAGGGAACAAGUAGAAAGACAAUUUCAUCCUCAAUUGGAAUCGUUGUUACUAUGGUUGGAUCCCAAUAGCUCGAAGGGCACUAGACAAAACAAACCACCUACUCUAGAACUAAAGGAUUGUAUCAAUUUGCUACGUGCCGGAUAUUCACAGGAUGAAAAGUUUAAGAUGUGGUUGAGGGAGUAUUACCUGUAUGUGGUUAAGUUUCAUUUCAUGAAGAAUGUGGACGAGAUCAGUGUUUUGAAGGAUUUUAAGUUAUUGGAGAUGAUAUAUAUCUACCCGUUACAAUUCAUGGAUUUAGUCGACUCUACGGAUAUUUCUAACCUAGUCAAGUCGUUUAAACAUUAUUUGAUUGAUAAGAAUGUUACAUUCCGUAAGAAUUUAAUUACUAAGUUUAAAGAUUGUUUUCUUGUGGGCAAUCAAUUUGAAUUUGAAUAUGAAUUUGCCAAUAUUGUUGAAAUAAUUCAUUGGAUUCAAGACUCAGAAGGUGUUCUUUCAGCCACUGACUUGAUUUUGGAUGCCUCACUGACUAAGAUUGAGAUAUUUGCAAGAGAGCAAAUGAUAGGUAAAUUGAAUCAAAAGUUCAUUGUCAUGGAAACAUUUAAUAAAUUUAUUGAUAUCUAUUGGAAAAACUUAACUCAAUUAAUUGGAAAUAUUGAAGAUGAUCAUGAUUUAACUAAUUUAAUUUAUCAAUUUUUUGAAAGACAGUUUAUUAAGAUUAGAAUUGAAGAGAUUUUAACCAUAAUGGUUCAGGACUAUCCGCAAACGAAGCCCACCAUCUUGGAAUUAAAGAGUAUAUUAAGUAAACAGAAUAGCAGUACUGCAGGUGCUAGGAAACGAGGGAGAAGGAAAGAUGAAUGGUCCAAGAAACUGUUAAAACAGUUCCUCGUUACAUUUAAGAGGGAAUUUUUGAAUCCGUGUAUCCCUACCAUCGAUGUACUAAAUGCGUAUGUGAAGGCUACCAAAUCAUUUUUAUUGUUAGAUCCAUCAGGAUCUCUAUUAAAUUCUAUCGUUAUCUUUGUGAAACCGUACCUGAGAAGUAAUGAAGUUGAGAUGGUUGAUAUUUUAUUAUAUGCUUUGCUUAACUUGAAAUCUAAAGAUUUAAUAGAACUAAAUUGUGAAAAGACAACUUAUGAUAUGCGCUCAAUAGAAUUGCUCAGUAAGGAACUAAGCAAUGAUCAUUCUAAACAUGCAGGUGAUGUGGAUUACAAGAAAUUUUCUCCAGAAGGUACUAAUGAAUUUGAAAAUAGUACACUACCAUAUGAACAAGUAUAUACUGAUUUCUUAAAUUGGAAACCCAGCAUUACUCCAAUAUCUGAAAGCAGUAAUGAUGACGAAUUUGCCUCUUUGGGAAAAAACAUAACGCCCAUUGAUUAUGUAUUCAAUGCAUUAGAAUCUAAGGAUAAAUUGAUAUCGGAAUUCUUAAAAUUAUUAACCAUAAAAUUAUUACAUAUGAAGGGAUACGAAGUGGAGGAUAGGUGGCAAAAAUGUUUGAAAAUUUUACAAGAUAAAGUGACAUCUGACAAGAAUAUAGUGAAUGAUGAAUCCAUCACUUCCGAUAUAAAUACCAUUCUUAUAAUGUUACAUGAUAUCUCAAUUUCUAAGGAAUCAUCUAAUGAAAAAAUUAGUGAAUUUCAAAAUUCAAGUGAAAUGCAAUUGUUUCCAAAAUUUAUUUCCAAACUUUAUUGGAAGUUUAAGAGGCAAUCGGAAUAUCAAUUCCCCUUAGAUUCCAAAUUAAGGAAAAAAUUGUCUAAAUAUAUGAAAAGUUAUCAUCAUUCUCAUCCAGGGAUGAAACUAAAAUUAGUAAAUGGUACGGGUAUUUGUUCUCUUAAUCUGACAUUCAAAGAUGGACGUAAAUUAUCUGUCGAUGCGACCUUUGAGCAAUACACUGUACUCUCAGCAUUCCAUAACGACAAAGAUGAUUCAUCUCAGGUACUUUCCAUCAAUCAAUUGUCCACAAUGCUCAAGAUGGAUCCUGAACGAGUUCGCGCACAUUUACAAUUCUGGAUAAACAAGAAAGUACUCUGUCAUCAAAAUGACUACUACACCAUCCAAGAAUAUUUAAAUAAUCAAGAAUUGUCAUCAGGACCAACUGUGAUAACGUCUUCCAUAUUACCUCUAUCACAAGAACGCAUGCCAUUUAAGAGGAGUGUACCCACUAAUGUAUUGAACGAUCCAAAGGAAAUACUUCAUAGAGUGUAUCCGUACAUCAAUGACAUGUUCACUAAUCUGGGUAGUUUGAAAGUGGAUAAGAUCCAUUCCUUCCUGAACAUGAGUGUUCCAAGGGGGUUGCACUACUCUAAAGUCACCGUGACGCAAUUGGAGGCUUAUCUGGAUCAGUUAGUAGAGGAAGAGCAGUUGAUAGUGCUUCCUGAUGGAUCAUUCAAAAAAUUGUAA